UAUAUCUUAAUUUCAGGUAUUCGUGCACACAUCGACAGCUUACGCUUUCUGCAAUAGAAAGGAAGUGGACGAAAAAAUUUAUACAAUGUCCAGAACUUGUGAAGAAUUUAAGAAAAUCGCAAAUCUAGAAAAUAUCGAUUCAGCAAAGAUAACAGAGGGAAAUGUUUUCGAAGGUCGACCUAACACCUAUACUUUAACAAAGGCCAUAACAGAAAAUUACUUAAAUAACUUCUGUAGAGAUUUACCUGUAGUUAUCGUAAGACCUUCUAUGGUAGGUUGCACUUGGAAAGAACCUAUUCGCGGAUGGAACGAUAACCAUAGUGGUGCAGAUUAUUUAAUUGCCUCCGGAUUAAAAGGAAUACUCAGAAGCAUAUUAAUCGACGAAGACAAAAUUUGUGAUUUUAUUCCUGCAGACACAGUGAUUAAUUUGAUGUUGGCUGCCGCUUGGAAAAAGGCGGCGAUUCUUCAUCGAAGAUACUGAAUUUCAUGAAGAGAUUCGGAAAGAUUCCUCUCGGCAUGACCUGUAGCGAUUUCUUCGUCAUCACCAGAAAAACUCCCUUAAAGGUGAGCAAAGCGUUACGUUCUGCAUUUUCUAUCGUUUGCGAUGUACGAAAAUCCUCUGGUCGUUGUGG